ACCUCAUUCCAUAAUUUACUUAUAUGAAAUAAGGAAGUAGACAAUAAUAAAUUUUAAUUUAAAUUGGAUCCGCUUUACUGUGGCAGUUCUGGUAAAAACUGCUUAAUAGAGGUGUUUAUUUAGCUAAAUCAUUGUUUUGUUUUGACUUUAACUUUUAUCAUAUCAAUGAUGAUAAUAAUCGGCAACACAAUCUGAAUAGUUUGCAAAGUGAUACUAAACAAAAUCAAUAAACAGGAGACUUCUGAAAAGAACAGUCUUGGUGAAACUAUAAAAAAUGACACUGGUUUUAAUUGCAUUUCCGGUGCUCAUUUCCUUUUUGGGUAAGGUUGAAUCGGCUGGAAUUCUCUAUCCACGGGCUUCCGAAACUCGUGAUUUGAUCAGUUUGGACGGUUUGUGGAAUUUUGCACUAACCAACACUACUGACCCUUUAAGGGGACACAUUGAAAAAUGGUUUCAAGUCAAUUUGAAUACAAUUGAUGAACUUGAUAUUCAGACAAUGCCGGUACCUGCUAGUUACAAUGACAUUGGUACCGACACCAGUCUCAGAGAUCACGUGGGACCUGUUUGGUACCAAAGAAAUUUUUUUGUACCAAAAGCAUGGAACGGGGAAAAGGUUUGGAUUCGGUUUUCUUCAGUGUGUCGAGCGGCUGAAGUUUGGAUUAAUGAUGAAUGGGCUGAUGAGUUCGGGAUUAUGAUUAUUGACGAAAGUCCAGCUGUUAACACUGAAGGUUACUCCGACGCAUUGUUAGAAAAUCAUAAAAAAUCUUUAACUGAAUUAAUACAAAGAGAUAAAAAUAGACCAGCUGUGAUAAUUUGGUCGGCAGCAAACGAGCCAAGGACCCAAUACGAUGCUUCAGAAGCAUACUACAAAGAAGUCAUCUCCCAUAUUAAAAGUUUGGACACCACACGACCUGUAACUGUGGUCAAUAACCAACUACCAGAUUCAGAACAUUCUGGACAAUUUAUUGAUAUUGCUUCUUGCAAUGUAUACUACGGGUGGUAUUCUGACACAGGCGAUAUUGAUGUUCUCACCUCCAAAGUAAAAGAAGUUGCAACGAGAUGGAAUAAACUUCACAAUAUUCCAGUCAUAAUGACCGAAUAUGGUGCUGACACUCAGGAAGGUCUACAUUUGUUGCCAGCAUAUUCGUGGUCUGAAGAAUAUCAAGACGCUUUUCUAUCACAAUACUUCCAAGCUUUUGAUGAAAUGAGAGAAGAAGGUUUUUUUAUUGGCGAAAUGAUUUGGAAUUUUGCUGAUUUCAAAACGGCCCAAACGUACACAAGAGUUGGUGGUAAUAAAAAAGGUAUUUUUACAAGAAGUCGCCAACCUAAAGCCAGCGCUCAUCUCUUAAGGAAACGGUACUGGGCCUUAGCCCAAAAUUUGGACAAUGCAGAUGUUCCUGAUGACCUUAACGAGUAUAUUAUUAAUGCUGAGAAAAAUGUAAAAGAUGAAUUGUAAUUACGUUCACUGAAUUACACAUUUUUUUACA